AUGAGACUGCCGAAGCGAAGGGAAAUGAUGAGGUUGCUGUGGUGGAGAGUGAGGAUGAGACUGCCGAAGCGAAGGGUGAGGAUGAGGCUGCGGUGGCGGAAAAAUGAGGAUGAGACUGCGGUGGUGGUAAGUGAGGAUGAGGCUGCGGUGGCGGUAAGUGAGGAUGAGGCUGCGGUGGCGGUAAGUGAGGAUGAGACUGCGGUGGUAGUAAGUGAGGAUGAGGCUGCGGUGGCGGUAAGUGAGGAUGAGGCUGCCGUGGCGGUAAGUGAGGAUGAGGCUGCAGUGGCGUCAAGUCAGGAUGAGGCUGCGGGUUUAGCUAACUGGAUAAUCAACUCCAAACAGUAUACAGAGAGAGAGCGGGAGGGAGUGAGUGAGGGAGGGAGUGAGGAUGAGGCUGCGGUGGCGGUAAGUGAGGAUGAGGCUGCCGUGGCGGUAAGUGAGGAUGAGGCUGCGGUGGCGUCAAGUCAGGAUGAGGCUGCGGGUUUGCACUGUUAA